CUAGCCCUUGCCAGCCGUCCUCUCAGUGGUAGGACGGGGAAGAGAGGAAGAGCUGGCCGCCAAGUCGGCUCUACGUGAAAGCGGGUGCCAGCCCAACCUCGGCCGGGGAGAGCUCGAGCUAAGGGCAAUCAGCACAUGACCUACUUGAGAGAGAUCUGUAGACAAAAUCUAACAAGGGAAAUUUGCUGGAAUCAAGAGUGAUGGAUCCAUGUUCAGUUGGAGUCCAACUCCGUACCACGAAUGAGUGCCAUAAAACCUACUAUACUCGUCACACGGGUUUCAAGACUUUGCAAGAACUGUCAUCAAAUGAUAUGCUUUUACUUCAACUUAGAACUGGAAUGACACUUUCUGGGAACAAUACCAUUUGCUUCCAUCAUGCGAAAAUUUACAUUGACAGAUUUGAGGAUUUGCAGAAGUCAUGUUGUGACCCAUUUAACAUACACAAAAAACUAGCCAAAAAAAAUUUGCAUGUAAUUGACUUAGAUGAUGCCACUUUUCUGAGUGCAAAAUUUGGAAGACAGCUUGUACCUGGGUGGAAGCUUUGUCCAAAAUGUACACAGAUAAUCAAUGGAAGUGUGGAUGUUGAUUCUGAAGAUCGGCAGAGAAGAAAACCUGAUUCAGAUGGAAGAACUGCUAAAGCUUUGAGGUCAUUGCAAUUUGCAAACCCAGGAAAACAAACUGAAUUUGCUCCAGAAACUGGUAAAAGAGAAAAAAGAAGGCUCACAAAAAAUGCAACCGCUGGUUCUGACAGACAAGUGAUACCAGCAAAGAGUAAGGUCUAUGAUAGCCAGGGCCUGCUGAUUUUCAGUGGAAUGGACCUCUGUGACUGCCUCGAUGAAGACUGUUUAGGAUGUUUCUAUGCUUGUCCUGCCUGUGGUUCCACCAAAUGCGGAGCUGAAUGCCGCUGUGACCGCAAGUGGCUAUAUGAGCAAAUCGAAAUCGAAGGAGGGGAAAUCAUUCAUAACAAACAUGCUGGAUAAUUUGUGGUAUCAAAUUAUGGGAAAAGAUCCCAUCUCUAUUUCUAAAACUCUGUCACUCUCAGAUGCAUUCUAAAGUUGACUGCCAAAUGAUGACAAUUUGAAAACCACCUCAGCAUGCACUCAUUAUGCAUUAGUUUUGCAGUUAGGGUGCUUUAAGAUUUAUUAUUUGAUGUCAGUUUAUAUGGGCUUUUACUCAGCAGUCAGCUUUAAGCCUGCCCAGGCCAAUGUCAACAAGUAGGUAAAGGCAGUCCUCCAUUAGCACAGUUCACAUUUCAGUUCCAUGGUAUAUACCGUGGGUAGUUAUGUGAAGUACAAACUUCCCUGCUGGCUCUUUGUCCCUAAGUCAUUAUGUAACAGAUGUGCCUCCUCAUCAGUGACCAGUCCAUCCGUGACCUUCACUCAGACCCCUCUAGUGGUUGGUUACCGCACAUCUGUCAUUCAGUCCACUCCUAGACAGCAAAGCAUGUGGUUGUGCUGUCUCCUUGUCACCCAUGUGACAUUUUCCAAAAGUGGAUCAUCAAAAUAACUGGCCACCAAAGAUAAAAGAGCAGUGAAGAAAUGAAAAAUGAUCAUGCUAGAUGUGAGAUAUGCAUUGAACGUAGAUGGAGUUGUAGAAGAAAUCACUUAUGGGAAGGUUGAUGCUGCUGUUUCUCUAGAGCCUCAGUAUGCAGCUAGAGGAAGCUUGCGGGGGGCGGGGGGGAUGCUAGGGGGAGCAAUGUAAAUAGGGAAAUAGGCUGUGAUGAAAAGCUUGAAUAUAUCCCAGAGGAAGUGAUAGUAAAAAACUUCACGUUAAAGGAAAUUACAGCAAUUUUACAACAUUGAAAGCACAAAUGAGAAAAUGGUAGAAGCAGAUCCAAACUUAAGUAUCUGCAAUGGUAUAGCCUACUUUGUAUCUUAAGUUAGCAAAAAAGCAAGCACUGUUCAAACCGCUCUUGAUUAGUUUUUUGCAACGGAAUAAUGCUUUAAUUCUCAGUGUUUCCAAUGUUUUUCAAUUACAGUGUACUAAAAUACCUUUUUUUUACAGUGUUUUCAUUUUCCUUUACAUUUCUAACAAGAGUUUUUAAUAUUUUGAUGGGUUUUUGGAGGUCACAGAACAUUUUCCCCAUUGAUUAUUAAGGUUGCUACGAAUGGUCAUUUUUAUGGUCCAGCACUACUGUGCAAGCCAAGGACUGUAGCUGAGAACAGUGCCUACUUCAGGAAAAGUUAAUUUCAAUAAAACUAGGUGGUUGAGUGUUAAAACUAUUUUGGAAAUAAUCUACAUAUCUAAGUGCUAAAAGUCUUCUCACUACUUACCCUUAAAAAAAAGUUUUAGCAUUGUAAACCUUUCAUUGUUUAGCCGUACAUUCUUGGUGAAAAUUUGUUCCUGGUGGCAAAGAUCUUAACUAUGUAUAAAGCAUGGAUAUUCAUACAAUACAGAAACAGGGAUACAUGGUGUCUAUGUUAUUAAAGUUUUAUAAGGUGGUGAUUAGGAUCAAAAGGGCUAAAAAAAAAAAAAAGGCUUUAAGGCAGUUAGUAAUGAAAAGGAAAAAAAAGUGGACAAACAGUGGUAGAGACAGUAUAAAUUAAAUUGGAAAUUGCUUGAAUCUUGAUGUACUGGUUCUGUAUGGAAUUCGUAUGGGUGCUCUUUGGAGAAUGAGAGUGGAUGAUAACUUCUCUGCUCCUUUUUCAAGCAGCUCCCUGUCUAAAAUACUUUAUCAGCUAGGGCAUUGCCACUAAACUAGGCUUUUGCUUUGUUUUCCCUAAGUUGUAGUACUUUAGUUUAACUAGAUAAGCUUUUAGUAGUUUCAGAUACAUUUUAAGUCAUUUAAGUGAAAUUUAUGCAGCCAAUUUGAUUGGAUUGACCAGUGGAGGUUUAUUUUUUAUUUCUGUAUACUUUGGUAUCUGUUUAACAGGUUUUACUUUGAUGGAAUGCCAUUUUGAACCAUGGUAUUGUCAUUAAGUUAUAAUUGUCCACUGACCUAGUUAUCAGAAGUAUAAUCAGUAUCAAGUCUUUAAUUCAGAUUUCAACAGAGCACUGGCAAAAAGAAUAUUUUGGCUUUAUAUACUUAAAUUAGAUGCUAGUUUUUUGGGUGUUUUUCUGAAUUAAGGAAAUAUUUUGUUAUAGAGGAUACAGAGACUUCUAAUUUUAUCUGAACUUCUGGGUUCAUUAGACCUUAAUUGCAUUGCUACCAAUGUUUUGUUUUUUUGUUUGUUGGUUUUUUUUGUUUUGUUUUGGUUUGGGUUUUUUUUUGGUUCUAAGUAAGUAUGAUUUACUAUAUUGCUUAAGCUUUUCUGGGGCGCCUGGGUGGCUCAGUCGGUUAAGCAUCAGACUUCAGCUCAGGUCAUUUGUGGGUUCCAGCCCCACCUGGAGCCUGCUUCAGAUUCUGUUUCCUUUUCCCUCUGCUCCUCCCCUACUUGUGCUCUGUCUCUCUCUCAAAAAAUAAACAAACAUUAAUAAAUAAAUAAAUCUUAGAUUUUUUUUUUGUUUAAAACAGGAAUAUAUUUUCAACAGAAUAAAUGACUUAAAAAUUCAAACUGUUUAUAUUUCAACCGUCCUUAGACUAUUUCUGUGUUAUUUUUCAAAGAUGCUAAUAUUUAACUUGUUUCAGGGAUAAAUUUCUAUAAUAAUUUUGCUUAUAUUUGUUCAUUAUGCCUAUGUAGAAGACCAGACUUUUAGUGAGCAUGCAAAAUGUUUACAGAGAGAGGUAUAUCUAAUUUAGUCUGCUACAAUAAAAGCUGUGUUUUGGGAAAAUUACGUCAUGAGUUCACUUACUAUUUUUUACUGUAGAAUUACAGAAAUACAGAAUACAAUGAAAUAAUCUGAAUUCUUUUUAUAUUUUCCAUAAGUAUGGUUCAUGGUGGCUAAAAUUAUUUUAGAAUACUAUUAGUCUAAAAGGCAAAAAUAAAAGUGAUAAGAACACUUCUGCUGUAUAUGGGUCCUGCUUAAGAAGUUGAUGUAAGGCUAUAAACAUUGGUCUUACACAGUGUUGGUCACAAAUGUUAAAAAGUGCAUUUAUAUAUUUGAAAUAAAUGGCAUCCCAUGUAAUCUUUUUUCUAUUUCUUUUAUAAGCAUAAGAAAAUAGUUACCUUUGAAAUAUUAUUCAUGAGAUUCUUGUAUUUUUUUAAUAUUAUAUCUAUGUCUGUAUAACAAGCUGUUCUACCAUCUGACAGAAUUCUCCAGAGAAAUGCAUUUGUGUCCUCUCAAGUACUCCCACGUUCAGAACCCCUGAAUCUGUAUCAGAGAACCUAGGUAAUAUGAGUGUUCUGUAAACCAAAACAUGUUUUCUUUUUUUUUUUUUUUUUUUUUUAAAUGGGGAUGGCUGUCUGAAGCGUGGUUUAGUUUGCUAUACAGUGUUAUAGGUGGGUUUUGGUGGACAAAAUCUGAGCAGUCAGUUCUUUGAAAGAGCUGUUGCUGCCCUGAAAAGGCAGAUUCUGCUGCGGCCUCUCAGCCCCACCCCUCCUGGGUCACGUAACACUGUAUGAAACCAAGGGGUCUUAAAUGGACUGCACUUUGGUAAUUAGAGAUUUUCUGUCGACAUUAGGAAUACCCUUGUACAAAGUCAUAUGGCACUGCCUUAGUUUUUGCUGACAUCUGCUGGUAUCUUGAUGUAAAUAAACUCUGCUGCUACUAAA